CUAGUUCCAAAUUUUAUUGAUGGGAGGAAGGGAAGUAAAGCUCAUACAAUACUUAUGUGUAUGAGUAUACAGGUACAUGAGUUACAGUUACAAAAUGGCACUUUGUUCUCUAUUUCUUUGCUGAAAAUCCCAGAUGUUCAACUUGCUUUGACUUCUUUUGAGUUGAUACUUCUUAGCAUAUUCAACCUGAGAUCUUGUCCCCAAAUUGAGUGGUAAUUGUCAGUUUAGAGCCCAUGAUCACACAUGUAAAGCUUGGAUUCCCCCCUUUCAGCACAUCCUGCAUGAGCAUUAGCUUUCAGCCAUUUUAUUCCCCAGACUAAGCGGAGGUAUUACCACUGGCUUAGGGUGAGAUUGUUCUGACGGAACUCAGCACAGAGGUCUGUUAUAUUAAACAAGUAGAAACUGACUGCUGUUGGCCUUCAUUUUACUCUUCAGAAAAUCAACCUAGCUCCCCUGACAUUUUCAAAAACUUAUUUAACAGGAGUCUAUCCUGUCAAGAGUUUUCUUGCCAACUCCUGGAGCCAUUGGACCCAUUUCCUCUCAUUCUGUGGGAGGAAACUGUCCAAGCCUACCUUGGACUCCAUUGCACUGAGAACUGAAUCCAGGUAAUCUCUCAUUCUGGUAAGAGGGCCUGGAGCUUUGUGUUGUUCUUGCCAGGAGUUAAUAAAUUAAUUUAUCGUUGUUUUCAUUUCCCUGUAACACACUUCUACGUUCAAGUUGCUUCAUAACUCACGCAAAACUUCAGCUUUGGUUUUUGUUCUGCAUAAAAUCCAGCCGUUCAGGUCAAUCUUUGUACAUGGUGGUUGCUACAGCUAAAUGAUAUAAGGAUGUGACCCUGGGGAAGUUGUCUUACUGGCUACCUGUCAGUUUCACAGCCUGUAGCAAGAUUGUCAAGUUAGAUCUGUUCUCUUUGCUGAGACCAUUCUCCACUGCAAUUCAAACAAUAGCAAUUAAAAAUGUCCUUAUGUUUGGAUUCGCAAUGUCAUUUUAGCACAUAAUCUACUAUGCUGUUACUUAGCUUCCAUGUAUGAUGCUUCUGUUGGUGCUCAGUAAAAGCCUGAGUUACUCUGUGGAUGUAGAAAUGUGUUGCCUGGAUCUACCACACAGUGUGAGGUGAGUAUGCAAGCACUCACAGGAGAAAAGAAAAUUGUCUAUUCACUGGAGCUCCAGAGCAUGUUCUCCCUAUGCAUGUUUGUUGCUAUUUCUCCAGCUAUCUCACUUCCAAAGGACUGUCAGAUGUGACGAAACAAAGCGUACAGUCUCUGUGCUACUGAAUUAUGUGGGCACAUGUGGUUUACAAUGUGCUGUAAGAAAGAGUGGCAACUGCAGCAGAGUGCACGCAUGCUGCACUUACUGCAAGAAGAUGGAUGUAUGUUGACUGCAUACACAAUCCCUAGUAAUUUUUUUUUUUCUAAAUUCAGGGCUUGCAAACUAACAAAAUGAUAUCUGCCCUUCCUUGCUUUCCCCCUAAAUAGAAAUACAGCAAUGAAGGGGGACAUAGGGAAAUAUUUAUAUGACCAAAGAAAGGAAGCCUGGUUUCCUAGGGUUUUGCCUCAGAGUUUAAUUAUGUGGUAAUUACUGAGAAAGAAAUAGAAGCUUUUCCACACUCAUAAUGUAACCCAUAAUGCUGCUAAUAUGCUGAGUGUGUCACCGGCGUCAAAGAGGAGUUUGGUUUACCUGUUCCUUCUUCCACAAAGCCCUGGUACGGCCUCUGUCCUCCACCUGGCCACCUAAGUGCAUUACCUUGUUCCACCUAGUGCCUUGGAAAAGCCAGGGUGCUACGUCCAAUCAAGACAGCCAGUAAUUUCAAAAAGUACUUGGCGAGGCCAGGACAGGCAGAGGCUGAGGAGAAAUAAAAUGAGAGAGAGAGAAGUGGAAGACAGCAGGCAAACACACAAAGGAAUCGACUGCAAUGUCUCACUAUGGUGCCAAGUUUAAAAACGCUUGCCUCCUUAGGAGUAGGAGUGGCCAACUCGGGGCUUUCUUUAAUUGAGUCUGAUCCCUGCCAGCACAUUGCAGUCUGACCACUGGAAGAACGGGCCACCUACAGAAGCCACGGCUGGCCUGCCUGCACACGUUCUACUUUUUCACAUGGAACUUUACAGCAAAUGUCUAAUUCAUAUUCUCUUUUUUCCUCCAAAUUGAUGUAUCACUGUUUCCUGCCCCUUUGUGCUAGCUGUCUGAUACGAGGCUGUGGCUGGCGUUACAGUGUGCUGCCAUCAGCAGUUCAGCCGUGGGAAAGCCAUCGCAGCCAACUUCUGACGUCUUUGGAACAGGACCGGAGAGCUGCUGAUGAGGGAGGAUGGCACCACCUGAAGAUGUCAGAAAGACUGGCUUGGAAACAUGUUCAAAUAUACAAAAUAGUAAUCAAAACCUUUAUUCAAAAAAAUAUUUCCAGCAAUUUCUGAGAAGCUAAUGGUUCUAGUGGCGGCAAGAUACAGCACACUGAGAAUGGGUGGCAUCCUUUCAAAAUAAUUCACUGUACAAGUUAAAAGUGUUCCCCCAGCAGUCUUUGCCUCUUGUCUUGGAAGCUAAUAUCCCAAAGAGACUGCGGAGAUAAAGUUCAGGGAGGGGAAAAUAUCUUUAUUUGGUAUUUAAUAAAGAUAUUAUAAGUCUCUUUGAGUAAGAAUGUCCUGGGAUAGUUGGUACAUGGCUGACCAUGAUUCCUUCUCAGCCUCCAGAGGAUUUAUGGAUGGGUAGGGAUGGCAUUUGCCUGUGAAAGAGAACAUCUGUUUCUGUUUGCAUGAUGUGACUUUUCCAGUUGUGGUGUGGUAGGGUAAGGAGUGCAAGUACUUGAUUAAAGUUGAAUCUUCCUCUUGAGUCCGUAAUGUUUGGUUUGACAAAUAAUCAAGAAACAUAUUUUUCUCUGUUAAUCAACUUCAAGGGUUGAGAGGGGUAACCUUUCACAAGGCCAAGACACCAUCUGUCAGUUUAAAAAAAUAAGGAGGAAAUGGUAAUGCCUUUUUCCAUUAGUUCAGAUGUGAACUCUUUCUGUACUGAAGUGCUUCACAGAAACUCUUUAUCAGCUUUGCAAAUCUAUUCCUAGAUAACCUAUUUUUUCUAGUAAUCUUGUUUUUAUAGUUUUUCUUUUCUAUCGCACAUCAGACCCUGUGUUAGGAAACAACCAUUGUGAUAAAUCUAUUGAGAUGUGAAGUGACCUAAAAAAAAAAAAAAAAAAGAGUAUUACAAUCACAUGUGCAUGCUGUGGAAUCCAGUGCCAUGGAAGCUGCAGUCUAUGUUCUAAAGUGUUUUUUUUAGAGCUAUUAUUGUCCUAUGUAAUGCAGGGUUUUAUUUUCCAUGGCUAAUUUUGCUCAAUGUCAAACAUCGACUUUUUGCCCACGUUAGGCAGAGAAGUAUCAAUUUCUACGAUGUUACUUGAGCUUUUCCCUCUGUUAUAUUUUAUAGGUGCAAGAGAAAAGCUUUCCAAUUGGAUGCAGGGCUAUUAGAUGAGGGAUAUACCCUGGGUAAAUUUUGGAGGUCAUCUGCAGUAUAAAAGUGGGUUGUCUUAACUAUAACCAGCUCUUGUAUUUCUCUAUCAUGCUGCAGUGUUGUCAUGGGGCAUCUGCCACCCUGCUUUAUUGCAGCUACUUCUUGUAGUCACUGAGACUUUUUCUUUUUAACAUUCAAGAGUUUCUCCAGCCACUGGACUUGAAAAUUACGUUAUUUUACUGUGAAGAAGUGUUGCACUGGAAGGCACUGUCUUUAGCAGGGGUUGCUGUUCUCAGCUUUCUACUGGAGGACACAAUCAAUCCCCAGAGCUCUGUUUGUAUCUCUCCGGGAAGCUCUGCUGGAUCCGAUCCCCCAAGAUGUCUGUUUAUAUUUCUCCCCUUAUAAGUUUUUCCUUUCUAUACAUAGGGGGCCAUAAGGGGACAUCCCCAUGUCCAAAGUACCCUGUCCCAGAAACAAAGUGCUCAGGUGCUGAGAGCAGUUAUGUUGGGAGGAAAAUAUAUGUGAUCUGUAUGAUCUAGCAUUUAAACAGGAAAUCACUGUAUAAAAAUUCAUGUGAACUACUGUUGUUUCCUUAAAGAAUUUUUCAAGCACGUUGCAUGACCUAGCCUCCUUUUGAGGAGAAUGAGCAGGCAUUAGAUCUUGUAUCUGUCAGAGCAAUGUGCAUAUCUCAGCUUCCUGUUUCUAGCAAGAUAGCUGUCUUCACACUCUGGAGCUCCUGUAUCAAAAGUCAAAACCCUUCUAGACGUUCACGACAGUGGUGUUUGGCUUAGCAAGGCUAUCGCCAUAGUUAGAUGAUGGAGGUGGGAAGGUAGCAGAGGUCUCUGUGUUGCACAGUUAAACCCCAGCCUGGUUUCUGACCAGGAAAAUAUGAGGUAUGGCAACUGGCUGGAGUGUAUUUGCCACUCUGUCAGCCACAUUUAAGCUGUUUUUUUGAAAUGUGUCAAUUAAUUCCAAGAACAAGUCAAAUAUGACAUUAGAUUUGGAGGUGAGGAAAAAAAGCUUUCAGAGGCUAUAGGUUUAUGUACAGAGACACCGGCUGUUCAGCUCGCCAAAUCUGCUGCCACCUGCAGCCUUAUCAUUGGCAUUUUAGGCCUCCCACUAGUUUGACUAUACAAAUGUCUCAGCUCCUAUUGAGUUGCUCAUUUGCAGCCAACAUAUUGCCACUUAAAAGUAGUUGCUUGUUUCUGGCUGAGUUGCCUACUGGGCUUUGUAACAGCUCUCUGUAUUUGUUUGUUGAGUAUAAAGUAUUUUACUACUGGGUGUAGCUCUUUCUGAAGUCUGUCUCCUGGCAAUAUUUUCACUGAAAGGAAGUAUAAAUAUAUUAUAUUUACCUUACCAUGAUGCCGUUUUAGUCAUGCUGCUUGAGUCAUGCUAGUACAUUUUGUGCCAGAAUAGUACUCGAAGGUCAGUGGAGUAGGGUCUGCUCCCAUGUUCACUUGAAAAAAACACAAUAGUACAGGAGCACAAAUAAUGUUUUGCUAAUUUCUUUUUUUUUUUUUCACUUGUAAAACACAAUUGGUGGAAAAAUAGCUUCACUAUCAGAAGCUGGGGUUGUGCAUUUGAUACUUCUGUUAGAUCUAAUUUAGAAAGAAAGAAAGAAGGACGGAAAAAAAAAGAAAGAGAAGAAAGUGAAAGAAAGAAGAAGAGAAAGAGAAAGGAAAAAAAGAAAGAGAAAGGAAAAAAGAAAUAGAGAAAAAAAGAGAAAGGAGGAGAGGAGAGCAAAGGAGAGGAGAAAGGAAAUCCAGCACCGUUAUGCUUGUAUGACCUGUAGAGGAGUGCUCCAAAGCAUACUAGAAUAGCUUAGAGUAGAUGGAGAAGGAAGCAGAAUAUCAUACAGAGUUUUUUGAAAUAACCUGAAGGUGAGGUAUUUGGGGAACAUGAGACACAUAUUAGCAGAAGAUAGUCCAGGAGCUAGGCUGUUUAACAUCUCAGAGCUGUGAAACUAUGUUUAACAGAAGCAAUGGUUGUACAUUCUGUUCCUCAUUGGUUUCCUGCUGUCUCUCUAGUAUGGCAGAUUCCUUUCUUCGCAAAAAUGGAAGUUUAGAUGGUCUCCCUUUCAUUUCUCCUCCCAGAAAAUGUGUCAUGCCUUUAAGCUGUUGUUGCUAAAGCAAGUUUAUUAACAUAUGCAGAAAUCACUUAAGCUUUUCAAACAAAACUUGGGACGUAAGGAUCUAAUUAUGUGAUGGUAUAGUUGAUAAUCACUUUAAAUGUAAAACGCCCCACAAAAAUUUGGUAGCAGCUUUGAGUAUCUGCAAGCUGUCAACUUGAGGUGCCACUGAAAGUACCAUUAUUCUGAUGUAACAUAAAUCCAGGUUGUUCAGAGGAUAUCUUUUAAUCUAGAAACAAUACAGAGGAAAUAAAGGCAGAAUCCACGACACAGUUCUCCUGAGCUUAGGAGGGAGACUACUGCUUUGCUCUUCAAUUGCUACUCAAAAUCCACACCUUUCUUCUGUAAAUUGGCUGCAAGAGGAAGGUGCUGAACAUCCCCUGCAAGCAGGGGGAUUCUGUUUUUAUUUCCACUGACUGAAAAAGGAGAUGAGAGUGCUGCUUGUCCACACAGCAGGUGCUGUAUGCUCAGCUGAGGAGUCUCCAUCACCGUGGUAUUUUCAGUAUUUCUCAAUGUUAAUCUUCAAGCUUCACUUUUCAGAUGGAGAAAGCUUCUUAUUUCCUUUCCCCUUUUUUAACAGGUGGUAAAAGGAUUUGCUGAAGAUACAUAUGGUGCUGGCAAGUGCAAAAAUAGAAAUUCGUCCUCUGAACUCUUGCCUUGUAUCCCACCCUGUGGGUGGUGACUCUGUUAGGAGAUGGGGAGAAAAAUGGCAAAUAGAGCCAGGAUGUUUAUCUUUGCAAUUCAGAAUAAGCAAACUAUCAGCCACACAAAGAGUCUUUCAGAAAGGGACAUCUUCUGUUACUGUUCCUACUAAAAGCCAUUCAGGUCAAUAAGCUGGGUUAUGAAAGGAGGCAUGUACAUUCUCGAGCCCUUGUCUCUUCAUGACUUUUCCAUCAGCACUGUUGCUCCCUUGUGUACAGGCUGCUGCUUUCUCUCGGUGGCCUAGGGUUUUACAUCUGAUUCAUUCUCCUGCUUGUUGCUAACUCUCCAUCUGAAGGAAGUUUAUUCUUUUCACUGAUGGCAUUUUACAUUUUGGGUUGGGGUGUCUCCUUCCUCUUAAAAGAAUGAGCUCUUUUCUUUCCCUUAGUGAUCCUGUUUUGCUGUUUUAAUAUAAAAACUGCAGUUCCUAGCAUAGGUGACAGAAAGUGGCUUGCUCCUUCUACUUCAGAGGAGAAAUACAAGGAGGAGAGUGCUCUGAUCUUUGGUUCUGGAGUCUUAGUGCAUCACUUACAGCUGCCAGGUCUUAAAAUACUUACUUUCAUUUGCAGCUAAGCACUUAUGACUGUGAAACAUAUAUGUUUAGUCAUUGUUGUAAAGGCAGGCACUAACAGUAGGGAAAAAAAAAUGAAAAAAAAAAAAAAAAGCAAAUGCUGUGCCUUGUUUUUUGACAGAGAUGUGUUGCAGCCUGAUGGAGAAAUAGCAGAACAUCGAGUCUUUGCAAGCUGACUUCUAAGGAAAAAGAAGCCAUGCUAUGGACUCUUAUUACAAGUAGGAAGUAUCUUAUUUUCAAAGAGCUCUCCAAACCCAAGGCCUGUCAGAGAUUUUGUAACAGGGAUUCCUUUUCCCAAAGAUGUUGAUCUUCUGUGCCCGUACCCAGGGCACAGAGGGCAGCUCUGCGCUAACAACUUGCUUGAUGCUUCCAAAAUCCUAAUCUGUCCAGAGAUCAGCAGGUACUGAUGCUAGGCUCAUUAAUAGUCUUCAGAUGGAAAAGGAUGACCCAUCAGCCCACCAAGUCACCUCUUGUGCACCUGCACAGGACAGCACCUCUCCUGCCCCCAUCCCCUCCAGCCUGUGGCAGAAAGUUGCUGAUGAUAAGGAUAAUUGUUCCUAAAAGGGUCAUUUUCUUCCAGGUAACAGAGAGGAGGGUAGGAGAACUUGUGAUGGUGGGACAAAAAUGUCUACAUACCAUUGGAGUUUGGGGGUAUUUGUCUCUGGAACCUUAGUCAGCUUCCAAAAGGAAGGGAGGAGACAGAAAGAAAGGAAGAAGCUGGCUUUAGAGCUCAGUAAUAGAGAUGAAAUUGCCUGCAACUCUGGGACAGCUCUGUUCAUUGCAUCUCUACUGUAUUUGUGCUUAAAAUAUUCAGAUAGCUGGGUGAUGUUUUGACACAUCAUGUUUGGGUUUCCAAACUGCUGGUGGAGGACCAAGAGCUUUCUGUCGUUUGCGAGCAGGGAAAGGAGCCUGUUGAGCUGUGGCAAAGUCAAACGCAGACCUUGUUUUCUGCAUCUCACAGAACCACAAGGGAAUGUCACGGGUAGGAGAGGCACACUGAUAACACCAGCCACAGAAGUGCGGGGGUGGACAAAGGAAAUUUCCUCGUCAGCUUGUGAACAUGAUAAAGAGUGCAAAUACGCAGGCAUGCAAACACUGGCUACUUAGCAAAACACAGCGACUCCGAGUCUGUGGAUUGUAUUAGCCCAGGUGUUCACUGCCUCUGGCACACCAAGCUUGCCAUCUUCCACUUUGGGUUUUUCUUCCCCUUUUCCCCGUGACCCUGCAUAAAUCUCAUCAAUGAUUCUACUAAAAAAAGCACGGCAUAUGUGGAGGAGGGAUUUUAUCCUGCUUUUUGUGUGUGUGUGUAACUUGAGUUGCAAAGCUCACCUGGGGCUUUCCUGCAAGGAAGGGCUGCUGAAGGUCUUAGUAUGUCCUCUUCUUUCUUUUGGAGCUCUGCCUGUCCCCUGAUCCUGUUGGAGCACAGAUGACCUCACUUCUCCAAGUUCCUACAUCCCUGCAAUAUACAGUUCAGAAAUCCCAGUGUUUUCACCAUGCUCUAAAGAAGCCCCCAGGACUAUAGAAGAUGUGCAGAGCUCAAGCAAACAUUCAUGCCCCAGGACAGCGGGAAACUGAGGGAAUCCAUGCUUUUCCUGCUUGGAUAAAGCAUAAAGAGUUGAUAAAUAGUUAUCCAGGUGAACUAGUCAGCCAUGCUUGGUUGAGAAAUAUGGUAUAUGGGAUAAAUAAUGUGGAAACUGAAGAAAAGAGUAUGAGUAAUCAGUUCUAACCAUCCACAACUGUUUCUGGCAGGGGCAAAACAACCUACCAGGCAAAAUGAAUUAGGAAGGUGAACACAGCCAAAAAAAAAAAAAAAAAAAAAACACCUCCCACAAACAAAACAAACAAAACAAAAAAACACCCUACAUAAAAUACUUGCAUAUAUACAUAUAAAUAUGGGCAUAUAUAUAUACAACCCACUUUCCCAACCUCACUUUUCCAAAUAUCCAUUAUUGUUUUAAGCAAAUGCUCCUGAUCCAAGGAUGUUAAUGGAGGCAUAUUUUCAAAAUUAACUUAACAAAAAUAGCAUAAUAAAAAAAAAGUAGGCAGGGAACUCAACAUUCCCGUGAAAGGGAAGAUGUGAGUCAGUAACCAUACACAUUCCAGCAAUUUUUUUUAAAUCCAUCGGUAAUGUGGUGCAACAGUCAACAGGCGACCAAUCUGGCAAAGCAAAUGGUUGCUUCCAUCUCUGAAAUAGGAACAUGUGGGUAUUUUCAGAGCAGAAGACUGGAUUUAGUGAACUUAGGCUGCGGCAUUGCAAUAUAUCUUCCUACAGUGUAAUUAAGAAAGAAUUAGUAGCCUUUGACUGUUGAGAAACCACUGGCCUCAUUUAAUCUAAAACAAGCGAGGAGGGGAUAGGAAAGAAUCUCUCAAAGGACUCUUUUCUUACGCUUAUUAAAAAUCCUGUAUCUAUGAAGUGAAUUAUCGUAUAAUCUGUGUAAACUUUACUUUUAUCCAUGGUCCCUACCUUUUACCCAUGGUCCAUAUCUUAAUGGAGAAGGGUUGGUUGUGUGGACCACCUCUUCACAGUCCUGGUGUUUCUACAGAAGUACAGAAAUACAUUGACUGCGUAUGUUAAAGACGUAGUAAUCAAACAUGACAUAGGAGUUGAAAGGAAGAGGCAGCACCGAGACAGACUCUUUGAAGAUUACUACUACGAUACAGACCAUGCAUGGGUGGUACAUCACCAUUUGAAAGUCACUCCAGUACUCAAACAACUUGGAAGAUGUGCAGAGAGCACAAGAAGUUGGGGAGAGAAACCCAGCUGGGAGCAUACUCCAGAGAGAAGAUGCAGAGGCGACAUGACAGGAUUGCGAGCAAAAACAGAGACCAGUUCGCUGAGCAAGAAAAAAGAAGCAGAAUUAAUCACUCGAAGAGAAGGGUUGGAAGGCAUGAGGUGCAGUCCUGGACAAGAGCUACCAAACAAUCUUUGUGUCUCAUGUGGCAAAAAGUGAAAAUACAGCUAACGCUAAGCAUGUCUUUCCUCGUUGCUGUGUUUUGGUAUUGCAGAAGGCUAUAUGGCUUUUUAGCACAGCUAUUGAAACGGUGGAGCAACUACCUUCAAAGAAAACUCAUAAAGAAUCACAGUGUGUUGGCAGAAGUUGAUCUACUUGGCUAUAGUGCAAGAGAAUGGAAAGGAGAAACAAAGCAGGCCAAACAUAUGAGGGAGGCAUAUAAUGAAUUGUUUUGGAACUAUCAUAUCAAGUAUCUGCGACAGGUCAAGAAGGACAACUAUUGCGUGCUAAGAGCAGUACUUUUUCAAAUACUCAGCCAAGGCAUUCCUUUUCCAUCAUGGAUGAGGGAGAGAGAUAUCUUAAAGCUCCCUGAAAAGCUUUUGUAUUCUCAAGGUUGCAACUGGAUUCAGCAGUACAGUUUUGGUCCAGAAAGAUAUACAGGUCCCAACGCUUUUGGGAAAUUACGCAAAUGUAUGGAAACAUUAAAGACAAACUGGAUUGAAAUAAGUGGUACUAAAGAUCACGAAGAAAGAGGAAACAUGUGUAAUGCACUCUUUUCUGAUGAGAGCAAGGAGCACAAACUAUAUGAGGCCAUAAAAUUCAUCAUGCUUUAUGAAGUUGUCGAAGCCUAUGAGCAGAUAAAGAACAGGGAAGAACCUAUACCUCAUCUUUUUAGCCUCCUCCUUGCUCGGGAUACUUCGUCUGACCCUUUGAGUUUCAUGAUGAAUCAUUUGAACUCCAUAGGUGACUCUGGUUGCCUAGACCAGGUUGAAAUAUUUCUUCUUGGAUACUUACUUGAAGUGAAGAUUAGAGUUUACAGACUGCAUAGGUUUAAUACUGAAGAUUUUCAAGUAAACUAUCCAGAUGAGUACCGAAGGGAAUGGAAUGAGGUUUCUCUCCUGACUGAGGAUGACCACUAUUAUCACAUCCCUGUUAUCAGAACAUGAAGGACCAGUGACUGUUCUUUUGCUUUGUAUAAUAUAGUGAGUAACCGGUUCCAGUGAAUUAAGUUUCUAAUUGGCAGCAGAAAUGCACAUUGAUGAUUACAAAAUGAUUUGUGGGCUUAUUGUGUAAACACUUUGCUUUCCCAUUACAGCUCAAUUCACUGCCAGUCAGCCAUAAAGAAGCAUAAAAUAUAGUGUUAUAUACUGUCUGGGUGUCAUAUUUGAGGGUUGUUGGACACAAAAGAUUAGACUGAAUGACCAAGAAAGAAAAGGUAACGUUAUGUUUUCCUUUGUUAGGCUAAUGGUUUAUUCUGGCAAUAUCUGGAUGGUUUAAACUUAAGUUCCUAAAGCAAUUCCUGCCUUUCCCUUUUCUGUCCCUAGCUAGGGUGGAUGAAUCACACAGGAGGCAACUCCUGGGGUCCCGAGUUUAUACUCCAGGACAUGAAACUUGCACUGAUUUGAGGCUGCCCAGCAUGUGAGGCUGUAAACUGGGGCCACUGUGUAGCUGAUUCAGAUCACAUCAUGCUUUCACAGUUGCAGUGUCUCCCUCCAGAGACAGAAAGAGCAAACAGCUGCAGACUGUAGUUACUUCAGACACUUGAAAUUAAGCUGUCUGCACUCAGUAUUGAUAUCUGAAGCUGAAGAAGUGUUACAAAGAAUGAGAGAAAAACCACACACACACACACAAGAAUAUAGUGCCAGAUAAAAGUUUAGACUCCAGUGUUUGAAGAAAUCUGUCUGGGACAACUAAAUGAGACUUACUUUAUUACAUGGGACCUUUUGCCUGAUUCUAUUUUCUAAAAGGCUCACUUGUGUUUUGAUUAUUUCUAAAAUGAGGGACCUUAACUUGUACAAAUAUUAAAAUGAUACAGUAGAUCUUGCAAAAUAUUUGUGAUAUACUUAAAAUCCCAUAGGUAUCAGUUACAUUGAAAAAGUGGGGGGUUAUUAUUAGCUAAAGUCUCUUCUUUCAUUGUCGUACAGAUACAGGAGUACGUAGGUUUGGUUUUAAUUCCUGCAGGGGAAAAUAGAAGCCCCUAGUAGUAAUUAAGUCCCUUUAGUAGUAAUUAAGAAUACAAAACUGUAAUCUGGGCCUGCAGGAGCUACAGCAGUUGAAUGUGGUAACUAAAUGGUAAUGCUUGGAGUGCACAAAGACUACUCUGCUCCUUUGUGCAAAGGAAAGAAAUUUUAUCCCUUACAGUCCUUUUAUUUGUAUGUAUAUGUAUAUAUAUUUAUAAAUACAAACACCUGAGUGCUGUAUUAUAGCAGGUUUGUUUCUUGAAAGUUUCUCCAAGUUCAGUUUUGUUCAGCAGUUUGUAGCUUUUAAUUAAAAAGGCUUGAUACAUACAAGAAUUUCAUCUCAUCAAGACCUGCAUGUCGAAUAUUUAGUUUAAAAAACAAACAAACAAAAAACCAACUUUUUUCACUGAAAAUUUUCACUUUUUUUCCCACUUUAGAUUUGGUUCUGCUCCAUGUGGGGAAAUGUUAUAAUGCCUGGGCAUAGGGUAUUGUUGUCUGUUUUUCAUCAACAGUAUGUAUAACACUUGCACCUAUCAAUAAACUUGUCUAUAUUUUAUUCUUGUUUUGGUACAAGCAGACAUACCAAAAAAUUGUAUAUUUUUAUAGAGAGCUUUUUAAUUGUUUGCUAUUAUUUAUGAAUAGCAAUGCAAAAGCAUGAUAGCUGAAAGUGCUAAAUUGUCAAAAUGUAUGUUUAUGUAAUGUCAAGCACCUUAACAGAAGGGAAUUAAUAAAGAUCUAACACAGACAG